AUGGUUGUGCUUGUACAACCACCAUCAAAGCAUGACGCCGGGUCUGCCAUGGAUGUGCACGAAUCAACUGCCAUCGGUGAGAGAAUGGAGCAGAAUGGCCCUAAGCGAUGUGAUGUGUCUGGGGGGGAGGUGCGUUGGUCACGGGCGGCACAGCCGUUGACCCAACAAGGCGCCAUAAUUGCCCCACCUAGGCGUCUUCCACUGAACUGCCCAUCCCCAGGCCAGCGGACUGAUAACCAUUUCUCUUUAUACUUUGCCCCUAGGCUUGUGACUUAUUCUUGCAAGCAAGAAUACCAGAUUGAAGAGAAGACUCGGUGA